AUGGCUGCAAAUGAUGUUCAAUGUUGUGAGCCAAUGUUCUGGGUGUAUCUAGUCAUAUGUGUGGUUCUUGUGUGUUUCGCUGGACCCAUGUCAGGCCUUACCUUGGGACUCCUGUCUAUUAGCCUUGUUGAUCUUGAGGUCCUCGCAAAGGCUGGUCAGCCCCAAGAUAGGAAGAAUGCAGAGAAAAUUUUACCAAUCGUUAAGAACCAUCACUUGCUCCUAUGUACCCUACUCAUAAGCAAUUCAUUGGCAAUGGAGGCCCUGCCCAUUUUCGUCGAUGGACUUCUUCCUGCUUGGGGUGCUAUUUUGGUAUCAGUCACCCUUGUACUAGCUUUCGGCGAGAUUAUUCCUCAAGCUUUCUGUUCAAGGUAUGGGCUAAGUGUUGGUGCAAAACUCUCAUUCCUAGUUCGAUUGCUUGUCUUGGUCCUCCUUCCUAUAUCUUAUCCCAUUAGUAAGCUCUUGGAUUGCCUUCUUGGUGAAGGGCAUUCGGCACUUCUUGGACGGGCUGAGCUUAAAACAUUGGUAGAUAUGCAUGGAUAUAAGGCAGGGAAAGGUGGAGAAUUAACGGAUGAUGAAACUGCCAUAAUUAAUGGAGCUUUGGAUAUGACACAGAAAACUGCCAAAGAUGCUAUGACACCCAUAUCCGAAAUAUUUUCGCUUGACAUAAAUUCGAAACUUGAUGAGCAAACAAUGGGACUAAUAUUGAGCGAAGGACAUAGUCGUGUACCCAUCUACUCUGAAAUCCCCACAAAUAUCAUUGGAUUUAUUUUGGUAAAAAAUUUGAUCAAGUUCCGCUCAGAAGAUGAAACCCCCAUUAAAGAUCUUAUUAUCAGGAGAAUUCCUAGGAUACAUGAUUGUUUACCUCUAUAUGAAUUAUUGAAUGAAUUCCAAAAGGGUCAGAGUCACAUAGCUGUUGUUAUAAAGCGUAAGAAGGAAGUUAUGGAGAACCCAGAAAAGGAAGCCAAUCCUAGCAUGAUCAAGUUAAACAUGAAUUUAAAUUCAAGUCAAAGACAUUUAGUUAUAAAAGGAAUCAAUCAGCAUAGUGACCCUGAAAUUCAAAUGCCAACAUUAGAUAAUGUCAUGAAGCUCAGCAAUAGUUUAAGCCCACAUUCAAAUAAGUGGAAGCGAGGAGAUGGAAAAUUUUUAAAUGAAGAUUCGGGAUCUCUGCCAAAUUUAGAUGAAGAGGCCAUUAGUAUCAUUACAUUGGAGGAUGUUAUGGAGGAGCUGCUACAGGAGGAAAUUCUGGAUGAGACAGAUGAAUAUGUGGAUGAUCAUAGGAAGUAA